AGUAUUGGUGGAAACUGCGAGCGCUUUUCGUUCUUCUUGAAUGCUACUCGUUUCUGAAAGGAGUCAUCAUGUCAAAGCAGCCGAUGGGGAAGACAUUGCUGAGGAAUGUAAUCCGCCACACAGAUGCCCACAAUAAGAUCCAGGAAGAGAUGGAUAUGUGGAAAAUGCGAGACUGGGAGAUCCAAAUGUCCCACCACAAACAUUUGUCAGAUGCAGAGUGUGUGAGAGGACAUAUGCACUGCGAUCGAGUGUCAGAUCAGCAUAAAGACUUCAGUCGCAGCAGAGAGCGAGUUUCAGAACACGAUGACCGAGAGGCUCGAUACUGGACUCGCAAACUGUACGACUUCGAGGCCAAUGAUCCUGACAGAUGGGGACACAGCGGCUUUAAGGAGCUUUAUCCUGAAGAGUUCAAAAGUGAUGGUGAGGAAACCACAAAGAAGGUUAGUCGUCACAAGAUUAAAAAGUCCAAGUCUGACACCGAAGCAUCCUUAUCAAAACGAUCCAAAAAAUCCUCCCGAAAGAAGAAAAAGAAAAAGAGGAAGAAAGGUGUGGAAGAAAAGUGUAAGAGAGUGGAGUCCUCGAGCAGCGACUGCAGCACUGAUGACAGCGACACCACCAAAGACAAGCAGAGGAGAAAAAGGACUAAAAGUCGACAUAAGAACAAGAAAAGUGCAAAAAGCAGAGCGAGAGAUGAGGACAGUGGCUCGGGAGACAGUAAUGACGAGGUUAAAAGGGAGAGGCGGACUCGCAAAAAACGAAAGCAGGACUCCCACAAAGACUCAGACUCGGGGCCGAACUCAAAAAAGAAGAGGAGGAAAAACUGGAAAGCAGCAGGAGAGGAGAGCUCAGAUGAUAGUUCUGCAGACUGAGAUACGCAGACAUGAACAGGCACACAGCUCAGGUAACAACCAGGGAAACCACUGCAGAUUCCUUUGUUCGCCUUAACUGCACAGAGGGCUUUUCACUGCAGGGCUGUUCUGUAUUGUACUUUGUUUGACAUCAACAAACCUGUGCUGUCGGUCCUCUCUCCGUGGGCGCUCUGCGUAGCAAUAACUCAUCACCUCUGCAGUGGCUUGAAGCACACGGUACUGCAGGCAGCAUGAAGAGGGAUGGUGGGGUAUCCUCCACCUGCCUCAUCAGAAAAUCCUGUGGGCUGCAGGCUCAGUGAUUGAUCAUUGACUCUUUCCUCAGUUGGCCUGCCUCAUGUGAAAACCUGUCCUGAAAUGACCACUGUUUGUUUUGGGUUUUUUUUACCUAAUUUAAGAGAAAAAGAAUCAAAUUAUGCAACUUUCCUCAUUGAUUAUGAUACAUUGGGAAUUUGCUUUUAACAUUUGUAAGCAGCAUAUUGUAAUAGGUGAAAAAUAAACAUGUAUUUUGCAGUUUUCCUUAAA